CCGCGCCGCACUGGAUCAGUACAAACAGCAAUAAUACACUGCUCCAACAACGAGUGAGUGACUGAGUUGACAGCCACACACACACACACAAACUCAUCAAAGAGGGAUCUUUAAUUCGAUUUGAGAAUUACUCUUAUUAUCAUGUACGGAAGGAGGACGACGACAUGGUCGAUCUUGGAGGUGUUAUCUCUGAACCCUUUGCCUUACCCAGUGCUGCUGAUUCUAGGGGUCAUCUUCCUCUUCCUCGGCCUCCAAUGGUACGUCACCUACGAAUCCGUCGUGGAGGCCACCGAGGAGAGCAUGGGCUGGCUGCUUAUGGCCGCGCCGCUGCUGAUUCUGUUCGCCGUCCGGUGGCUGUCGGCGUGGGACGGAUCGACAUGGUGGUUCGGCGGCGGGGAUAGGAGGCGGAGGAACUACUACUUCUCCGGGAACGACGGGGAGUCCGGCGGCGGGGCGUCGCCGUGGGGGGUGGCGCUGCUGAUCGUGUUGCUGCUUGUGAUGGUGCAGUAUCAGUCUGUGUUCUUGGAGGGUUGGUUCAUAUGAUCAUAUCAAUCAAUCAAUCAUCUUUAUUAUCAGUUUGUAAUUUUAAUAUGUUAAUUAAUUAAUUCCAGGCCAGAUUAGUUUGAUGUUUUUGUAAGAUUGUUGUUGUUGUUGUAGGGUGGGUGAAGUUUUGCAUUUGCUUAUUACACGUUAGCUUGAGGUAGCGGUGUACUGUGAUAUACUAAUAUAUAUAUAUAUGCUGAAAGCAUCUUUUGUGAUCAGACCAA